CUGGGUCUGCUCCAGCGGGCCCAGAUGGCCUUCAUGACGCUGACACUCUUCCCCAUCCGGCUGCUGCUCGUCCUGAUCGCGAUGCUGCUCGCCUGGCCCUUCACGUUCUUCGCCACGCUGGGGUCCUCGGAGAGGGAGCCCGAGCCGUCCCCGGCCUCGUGGCGGAAGGUCGUGGACGUCCUGCUCAAGGCCAUCAUGCGCACCAUGUGGUUUGCCGGAGGCUUCCACUGGGUGGUGGUGAAGGGGCAGCAGGCCCCACCCUCUGAGGCUGCCAUCCUCACUCUGGCGCCCCAUUCCUCCUACUUCGACGCCAUCGCUGUCACCAUGACGAUGUCCUCCAUCGUGAUGAAGGCAGAGAGCAGGAACAUCCCAAUAUGGGGAACUCUGAUAAAGUACAUCCGGCCGGUGUUCGUGUCCCGGUCGGACCAGGAUUCCCGCAGGAAGACCGUGGAGGAGAUCAGGAGGCGGGCACAGUCGAACGGAAAGUGGCCGCAGAUCAUGAUUUUUCCAGAAGGAACAUGUACCAACAGGACGUGCCUAAUUACCUUCAAGCCUGGUGCGUUCAUCCCAGGAGUUCCUGUCCAGCCUGUGGUUCUGCGGUACCCGAACAAACUGGACACCAUCACGUGGACGUGGCAAGGACCUGGAGCGUUGAAAAUCCUGUGGCUCACGCUCUGUCAGUUUCACAAUCGAGUGGAAAUCGAGUUCCUUCCCGUGUACAGCCCCUCGGACGAGGAGAAGAAGGACCCGGCCCUGUAUGCCAGCAACGUGCGGCGCGUCAUGGCAGAGGCCCUGGGCGUCUCGGUGACCGACUACACGUAUGACGAUUGCCAACUGGCCCUGGCGGAAGGCCAGCUCCGUCUCCCCGCGGACACCUGCCUUCUCGAGUUCGCCCGGCUGGUGAGGGGCCUGGGGUUGAAACCAGAAACACUGGAGAAAGAUCUGGAUAAAUACUGCGACCGGGCCCAGACGCAGGGGGGACGCAGGGUGGGCCUCCCCGAGUUCGCCGAGUACCUGGGCGUCCCCGUCUCAGACACACUACAAGACCUGUUCUCCCUGUUUGAUGAGAGUGGAGAUGACACAAUGGAUCCUCGGGAGUAUGUCGUCGCCCUGUCCGUCGUCUGCCGGCCGUCCCGGACUCUGGACACCAUCCAGCUGGCAUUCAGGAUGUACGGGUCACAGGACGGCUGCAUCGAUGAAGGCGCCCUGUCCAGCAUCCUCAAGACCGCCUUAGGCGUGGCCGAGCUCACCGUGACUGACCUCUUCCGGGCCAUCGACGAGGAGGAGACGGGGAGGAUCACGUUUGGGUUCAAGUCACAUUCGAAGCCGGGGGCUUCCGGGUGUGGCGGGAAGAAGCAGCAGCCGCCAUGGGCUGUGGGAACCGUGGCGGUGACAACGGGGUGUGCCUGCCGCGGCCUCUGGGCACUGGGCACAUCCACGUCCCCUCCGGGCACGGGCUUGACGGGGACGCGCACCCUCGGGAAGUCUCCAUCAGGGACCGGGGGCAGAAGAGGCGUCUCCGCAGCCCCGGCCAGGCCCCUGCUGCGCACCCCCGGAGCCGCCGGUGGGAGAGCGCCAGACCCCUGGCCUCGGCUGGUGGAGCGGCGCUCUGAACGCUCAACGGGCGCUGCCCGUCGGUCCCCUGUCCGCUCCCGCACGCGCCUCCCGUCCGGGGUGCUGCCCCUGAGCCACCGCUCCAAACAGACGCGUUACCUUCUCCCCGGGACUAACCCGCCCGCGGACCUUCGCGUCCAGUCCUGGGCAGCGUGA